AUGAGCAACGAACAAGAAAUACCUGGUGGGUUCGAAGAUACGGAUACCCAUGAUCAUGCCCUGUUAGCGCCAGGGGAAAGCAAUACCGUUCAAAAGAUCAACUACAAUAGAAAACGGUCAGACGUCGAGUGGAAGCAGGCUUCCAAAACAGUAGAUGAACAACUCACGCCCGAUCUGUCUAAUGAGGAUCUAUGGUUGCUCAUUCGGAGGUUUAACAAGCAAAUACACCAUGUUAAAGCCAUACAAGGCCCUCCCCAGGAUGAGUUGGAUCUUAACCGGGCAGACGAGGAACACUUUCCACCAGAAAAGCUGCGGGCAACUACUGAACGGUUCUAUACUUCUGUGGUUGUAGGGUUGGUUAAUUUCUUCAGUCACACCACUAGACUGCGGUCAUGGAGAGAGCCUAGACGUACCUCGACUUUCUGUAUAGCAUACUUCGUUGCAUGGUUUUUGGAUCUACUUAUUCCUUUGACAACCGGUGUUCUUGUUGCGUUGAUCCUGUCCCCGUCGACGCGAUCACUGCUUUUCCCUCCUAGUAGCACUGCAAGGAAAGGCUCAGAUACUGGUGGCAGCGAGCAGGUCACGCGGGAUAACAUCACCAGUGCCCCAGAAACAUACAAAGGCGAAGCAGCGGAACAGGAGGCCUCCAACUUGGUCAACGAUAUCGCCAAUAUCGCCAUGGAGAGUGCUCGAGGCAAAUACGGCCAAUCAGUAAUUGACGACGAUGCUGAGGAGUCCUCCGAGCCUGAACCAGUCGAGGUCGGGGCAAUCACCGCAGACGUGCAAGCCGAGAAUGCACCAGCCGAAGAUAAAACUAAAAAACCUAUGAAGAAGAAGAUAUCAAAAGCCACUAACCAGACGAUGCGUAUACUUGGUGAUAUUACAGAUAUAUAUGAGCAAUUUUUCAAGUUAGUACUUAUCGCAGUACGCAAACUAAGAAAUGUCCCUGACCAAGGCCAUUAUAGUAUUCUAUCCCCCACACCACCAUUCCUUGCCAUUACACCUCGUCUGCAACUGGUGGGGGCAUUGAUAUCUAUAGGGCUGAUAUCUCUCGUCACAUCGAGCCAUUUUAUGAUCAAGUCUGGUAGCUUUUUCUUCGGGCUGGCCAUCUUUGGUGACCCUGUCCUACAACGCAUUAUAGCCCUCCUGAACGACAAAGUUGCAAAUUGGAAAGAGUAUCUAAACUUACAGAAUACCCUUCUAAAGGGCGUACCAACAAACGCCCAACUCACACUGGCCCUCCUUCGUCUAGGUGAAAUCAACUCCACACCGUUACCUCCACCACCAAGCUCGUACAACAAUGAACCCUUAUGGCCUAUUCGUCGCAAACCUUUUGGUAAGAUAAUGUCUGGCGCAAAUGACGAGGGCGCCUCUUCAUCUCUCGUAUCCCAAACUCAAAGCCCUAAGCCAGAGCUUUCAAAGGCGGAAGCUCGAAAGAAAAAAUGGUCCAAGAUCCUCAGAUUCAUCGGCCGAACAAUCGCAACAGCAAUGAAAGGUCACAUUGCAUUUGACCGCGCAAUGAGGGUCACAGAAUCGGUUAACACGAAGACCUUAAUUGGCCUGUUAAGCCGACGAGGCUGGGCUACGGCAGCCCCUCUGGGGCCUCUCAAAUUCGAGGCGAAGUUUGAACGCAAGCGAGGUACAGUUGUCAUCGACUCAUCACAAGAGCAACCCGUCCUCUAUUUCACGACUACUCAAUCUGCUAAACUAGAUGAUUUGCAACUGGAGAAUCAGAAGAAGAGUGCCGUAUUGUUCCAGAUUCCUAUUACCGAGAUCAAGGAACUGAAGAAGACGGAGGGGCUGGGCUGGAAGGGGAAGCUGAUUGUUGAGUUGACAGCUGAUACCAAGCAUUCCAUUGAUGGAUUAGUGAUUUCAAGGAUGGAGCCCCAUUAUCAAUCUUAUCAUCUUACUGGUAUGCGAGGAAGGAAUCAGUUGUUUAAUCGACUGAUUGCUAUGGAUGCGCAGUUUUGGGAGAGUCAUUAA